UACUGGAUAUUCGCACACGUUUGGCUCGUGGGAGAUACUUAAGUUUCUUACUGAAGAAUAUACUGUAUAUGGACGAGUAAAUACGAGUAAAGCACACAGUGGGAUGUGAUCUGGUCGGUCUCGUAAUUGUCAGUGUGGAAAGUUUUUUGAGUGUUUUGUGUGGCGAAGAUGCGCGGGGUUUGUGCGCUGUUGCUGAUGGUGCUGCUGCUGGAUAAAACCGUAACUCUGCCUGCGCGGACAAAACAAACGGUGGCGAGCAUCCAGUCAUUUAAGCCAUGUGCUCAGGUACCUGCACAUGUGGACAGGAGGUCUCGUGAAGGUCUGGCUCGGUUCAGGCGCUAUGCCAUCAACCCACUGGGAUACAAAUGGGACCAUUUUAACAUCACCUACAAGAUCACAAAGUUCCCCAGCACGCUGAAUAAAGAAGAUACGCGCAAAGCCAUCACUAUUGCCUUUACAAAGUGGAGUGAUGUUUCCCCUCUCACUUUCACUGAAGUCAGAAAUCUCAAUAGAAGUGCUGACAUCACAAUAGGGUUCUACACAUACAACCAUACAGAUUGUUGGUGGUCUCCACUGCAUCCAUGUUUUGAUGGACUGAAUGGGGAGUUGGCCCACGCCUUCCUGCCUCCACGUGGAGAGAUCCACUUUGACAACCAUGAAUUCUGGAUUUUGGGCAAAUCCCGCUUCAGCUGGAAACAAGGAGUAUGGCUGAAUGACCUGGUUCAGGUCGCUGCUCAUGAGAUCGGUCAUGCUUUAGGUCUCUGGCAUUCACAGGACCCUAAUGCUCUAAUGCACCCAAAUGCAACUUACACGGGUCAACGAAACAUCGCCCAAGAUGAUAUCUGGGGCAUCCAGCGCCUUUACGGGUGCAUGGAUAAGAAGCGCGUGUGUGAUCCCUGGGCACGGCUUGGUUUUUGUGAGAGGAGGCGGAGUUUCAUGAAGAAAAAUUGCCCGAAGCGUUGCGACCUAUGUUAUGAGCCUCUGGAUGCAGUAUCCACCCCGACUCCUCCCCCUGACAACGUGAAGAUCAAAAUUGUACCCCGUGGAAAAGUUGUGGGCUUUCGCUGUGGGACAAAAAAUACCAGAGUUCCUCCAAAAGUCAGCUGGUACAAGGAUGGCGAGCAGCUCCUGACAUCUAUUCCUGGAUAUAUUGUAAUCAAGGAUCGGGACCUGCGGCUGGUGGCCAACGAAUUCAACGAGGGCACCUACACCUGUCGCAUCCAUCGCCGCGGUAAUAUCGUCUCUGCCAACUCGUGGGCAAUCCGUUUGAAGCCAGAGAAAUCAUCAAACAACAGCUGAUGAUGUGAGAUUGAAUUUAUUGAGCACCGGCUCUACCUCUAGGGCACUCGGAUCUGCUCUCCUGACCUGCAGGGCAGACAUCUCUGUGUGGACUUCAGAUCCAUUGAGCGCUUCAAAGACAUAUGUGGGCGUAUCAAUCUCAGAUAAUAGAGGUCAAACACACAAAACAAUGUCUAGGUCAAAUAUAUUCAGGACGAUUACAACAAAUAUAUAUUCUUGGUGCGGCAAUUCAACAUUUGUCAUUUUACUACCUUUGUAAUUAUUCUUCUCAAUUGGAUCCCUGCUAUUAAAGCAACACCAAAAUGUUUUUUUUACCUUAAAGUAACGUUUCCAAAAGUUUCAGCCGUUCAUCCACUAGAAACAGGGUGAACGGCACUUUCACAUUCGCUUUGCAGCGCUCUAUCGGCCAAAACCGCACUAAAGAAGUUUCCAACUGUUGGGUCGCGGUCCUGUAGUUACAAAAACUUACUUUAUGGCAGACCUACAAUCCAAUCAGAGCCAGCUUUGCUUCAGUAGGCUAAAUUAUUUACGACAGUGGUAAUGGACAAUUCUGCUUCCAACCUGUAGGGGAAGCAAAGAGCAAAAACUCUUUAGUGUUGCUUUAAAACUGCAUUACACAAAAAAAAACUAAACACAGAAAACUGUGAUCAAACAAAAAAUAAUUAAGUGUAAAGCCCAUGCAACGUUAAUGUAAUGUAAUAAUAAUACAUUUAUAAGACCUUUUGGGGUCAUUGUACACAAAAUCUUAAAGGGUUAAUUCAUCUCCACCAUUAAAAUAGACAUACCAGGAAUUUGUAAUGUAGAUUAAAGCGUAACUAAACCCCUGGUCAGAGCCUGACUCCACCCACUGCAAUAUUUGAAAAAUGCAAGAAAAGUGGGCAGAUCCCAACAGAGAUAGAGGGGAUGAACUAAGUGUGUGGUGAGAUCAUGACAAGGGCGUGGUGAGCUUGAACCUGCUUACGUCACAAGUUAUUUCUUGGACCCAACAUCCAAUAGGAAAAUUCAACUGCAGUAGCCACCGUUCAACCUCAAGAGGGCAGCACUCAGACGUUUUUACACCAUAUAUUAUAGUAUUGAAACACUUUAUAUCCAAAUGUCAAAAAACUUACCAAAAUCAAUGAACAGCACUAAUAAAGCAUCAUUCUUACAGAUCAUUAACUAAAAAAAGUUGGUUUGGGGUUUAGUUACUCUUUAAAAGAGGCUUUAUUUCAGCCCAAAAGUGCUUGGAAACAGCCAUUAGAUUACAUUGCCCUGUAAUGUGACGCUUACGCUUAUCAACCACAAAAACAAGCAUGGUCAUAUUAUUAUAGAUAAAAGGAUAAUGAUAAACAAUUUUAACAUUGUCAAAGCAGCGUUUGUAUUAUCUAUUCACAAAUACCCGACCUUAAUUUCUCCCGCGCCUCAUCUUUCAUCUUCAUCAUCCUCUUUUAUUUCUUCGUUUAUUUGUUUUGUUGUUGUGGUUGGCAGCGGGAGCUGCUUGCCUUGCCGCUCUCUUGACGUGAUGCCAAAGGUUUGGAAAUAUCAAGUUACGUUGCGGAAGUUACGUUGCUAGGUAAUGUAACUUUUC